UCUUUAAGCAGUAAAUCAACACUGAUCAACCUAACGACAGCAGUUUUCAAUGACUAUGAUCCAUCAAUUAGACCUUACUGUCAGGGACAUGAACAAGUAAAUGUAACAAUGGACUUGGCUGUACGACAGUUAAUCGAUAUGAAUGAACCUGACCAAAUAAUAAAGCUUAAUCUUUGGAUUCGACUUCGUUGGAUUGAUUGUUUGCUGACAUGGAAUCCCAGCGAUUACGAUAAUAUAACAGAUUUAAUUGUGCCAUUUGACAAGGUUUGGACACCUGACAUAACUAUAUAUGAUAGUGUGUCAGAGGAACUUUACGGAUUGGAAAAAUUCAGAGCAAAUGUAAGUUACGAUGGUGCUAUCAAUUACAACUUUCCUACAGUUAUAGAAAUACAAUGCCAAGUUGAUGUCACAAACUUUCCGUUCGAUAGGCAAAUGUGUCCAUUGCAAUUCGGAUCGUGGAUCUACACUGGAAACUUGUUGGAUAUGAACAUUGAAAACGAUCAUGCCGAUUUAUCCGCACUGAAAGAAAACGUGGAAUGGGAAAUAUCUAAAGUACCUGCAGAAAAACACAUAACGAAAUAUUCAUUAAACCCAGAUCCCUUUGUUGAUCUGACAUACAACCUAUACCUGAAAAGGAAGCCAAGAUAUUAUGAAGCUAACAUUAUAUUGCCAUCAAUAAUCAUUACACUUUUAGCCACCCUUGGGUUUUUACUUCCGGUGGAUUCUGGAGAAAAAGUUUCAUUAGAAGUUACAGUCAUGCUUUCAUUGACAGUUUUCCAGCUAUUGGUUGCUGAUAGACUACCACCAUCUGACGAAGCUCGACCAUUAUUAGGAGAGUUUUUCACAUUCACUCUCAUACUGUGUGGUCUUUCGACCUUUGUCCAAGUGACUGUUAUCAACAUAUAUUAUCGGGGUGACAGAAAAAUGUCUGUCUGGAUGAACAAACUGAUUUUGAAACCGUUGGCAAAAAUAACACUUACAAAAGCAACCCUGCUGAAUCAAAAGGCACAUGACGAUGAUAACACAACAAAUGACGACUCUAUAGAUGAUCUAGAUAACACCACAAAGUGGCAAACCCUAUCAAUCUGUAUCGACAGAGUAGGCUUGAUAUUGUUCAUAGUUAUACUAACCAUUGGAUGCAUUGUUAUUUUUACUCAUUUUACAUAAACUUAAGAUUGAAUUGCAUUUUUUGUUUCACAUUUCUAAUUUUCAAAAUAAUUAAUGUAUCUUAAACUUAUUCGUAUCUUUUUUUCUUUUCUUAUUGCAGUUAUUUUAGACGUUCUUAAAAGAUGCCAUUAUGUUUCACUUCAAAAUAUAAUAUUAACCCAUAUCUGUUUAAUUGUAGAAAUGAUUCUUAAAUGUAAUUCACUAAUUUUCAUUGUGUGAGUGUGCCAUUGUAUUUUUUUUUUGUAUUCUUGUCUUUCAUUUUUCCUUACUAGUAUGUGCUUUGUCUAUAAAGUGUCUAUAUGCCAUUUUUAUCUUUAUUGACAAAGUUAAAAUUGAGAAUGGAAACGGGGAAUGUGUCAAAGUGACAACAACCCGACCAAAGAGCAGAAAACAGCCCAAGGCCACAGAUGGUUAUACACAGCGUCAAAAUCCCGCACCUGGAGGCGGGCUUAAGCUAGCCUCUAAACAAAAAUGCGUACUAGUUCAGCGAAAAUGGACGUCACACUAAAUUCCGAAACAUAUAAAUGAACCAAAAUUCAAACAAAUAUCAAGACUAACAAAAGCAAGACGCUCCUGACUUUUCUAUCAAAAUUUCACACUCUGUCAAUCUUAUUGAAAAGAUAUUUACGUGUGUCGCUUGUUUUUUAUAAACGUCACCACGCGUUAAAAGUCCGGAAUGCGUACGAACAUAAACAAGUUCCCCUGCGUUGACGAAUAUAACGAUGAUUUCUGUCGAAAAAUCAUGAUUGCAGGGUCCCUCUGAAUCGGCAAUUAUGACGCCUUUCACUUCUGUAUUUUUGAUUAUUUCUAAAGCUCUAUAAGCAUGACAGAAGACGUGAACCGAAAACGUGAAAGUAUAGUACCCAUCUUUUGGAACUGUAAAAACUCCUGAAAUGGGAUUAUUUCCUACAGUGUUUGUUUGUUUGUUUUUCUUUUAUUCAACAACAGUAUUGCACACGCUGUUAACAAUUACUCCACUGACACAGCUAUCUCAGUGAAGGUCCCUGUUUCAUUAGUACCAGAAUCUUCAGGUAGAUAAACUGCAUAUUGUUAGUCUUUUACAAAAAAUAUUAAUAUAACAUCAAUAGAUAAAUAAUGCUAUUAUAUUAUAAUAAAGUAUUUAUAUCAUC